CUGGCUCGUUUUGCGGCAGGUCGUUCUCUGAAGUUCAGAAGUCACCACAACAACAACACAUGAGCCUGACAUUUAGCAGCCAGUUAUGAAUAAAGUUAUGAUUAUAGACGAUCACAACACAAGAUCUUAGCAGAGAAAAGCAGAGAAGAUGGCUAGUACUAUGGUGGCCGUGGGCCUUACCCUGGCAGCAGCAGGGUUUGCAGGUCGCUAUGCAAUGCAAGCAAUGAAACAUAUGGAGCCGCAAGUGAAACAAGCUCUGGAAGCCUCUAAAUCUGCUUUUGGUAGCGGAUACUACAGAGGUGGUUUUGAACCAAAGAUGACCAGAAGAGAAGCUUCCCUUAUUCUUGGCGUCAGUCCUACUGCUAACAAAAACAAGAUCAGAGAGGCACACAGAAAACUGAUGGUUUUAAACCAUCCUGACCGAGGCGGAUCCCCAUAUCUGGCGGCAAAAAUCAACGAGGCUAAAGAUUUACUUGACGGACAAACGAAGAAAUAGAUCUUCAUCGAAUGUUUGAACGAGCCCCUGUCUGAUGUACUUGAAUUCCUACGUGAUCAUUAAACACCAUGUUUUCUUCUA